GCCUCGCCUACUCGGACACGUGCGCGUGUAGCCUGGCAUACGCACGCCCACCCAAAGAUAGACAUCAAUUGGAGAUCGAUCGCCCGAGACCGUGGGGACAAGCUCGCGGAAUGCGGAUAGCCGUUUUAGCCUUGACGUGUCUCCUCGUCCAGGGGCUGACACUGGCCGACGAGGUCGAAGUCGUCGAGGCGCUGACCAACGACGACGGUCGCAACCAGUCCAACUCGGAUCAACAGGACAUCAUAAUGUCGAGCGACAACGAGGUCAGCGGCAGCAGUAGCAGCGUCAGCAUCGGCAGCGGCACCAGCCAGUACAGUCCGCCGAACAUGAGGCUGCCUCCAGUGCGAGCUCAGCUGCCCUCGAGGCACAACAACGGCGGCGGUGGCGGCAACAACAACGCCUACCCCGGCCCACCUCCUCCGCCCCCGGCUUCCUCGCAGCGGCCGAUCCUCGACAGCAUCGACAAGAUCUUCGACACGGCCAUAGCGGCGAGCACGACCCUCGGCGACAAUUGGCCGGCGCCGAGCAACGACAUGCCCAAGAUCGUGUCGCUCGACGUCAAGUGCGAGAAGAACUCGAUGAAGGUCUACCUGGCCUUCGACAAGCCCUUCUACGGCAUAGUCUUCAGCAAGGGCCACUACAGCAACGUCAAUUGCGUGUACCUGCCAGCUGGUCUGGGACGUACCUCGGUGAACUUUGAGAUCGGUAUACACGCCUGCGGCACCGCCGGCAACACCGACAACGGCAUCUACGGCUACGGAGCCGUCGAGUCCGGCUCCGGCACCUACUUCGAGAACAUCGUCGUUAUUCAGUACGACCCGCAGGUACAAGAGGUGUGGGACCAGGCACGCAAACUGCGCUGCACGUGGCACGACCUCUACGAAAAGUCCGUGACUUUUCGACCUUUCCCCGUUGACAUGCUCGACGUCGUGCGAGCCGAUUUCGCCGGUGACAACGUCGGAUGCUGGAUGCAGAUACAGGUCGGCAAGGGACCUUGGGCCUCGGAGGUCUCGGGUCUCGUGAAAAUCGGCCAGACCAUGACCAUGGUGCUGGCCAUCAAGGACGACGACUCCAAGUUCGACAUGCUCGUGCGCAACUGCAUGGCCCACGACGGCAAACGAGCUCCCAUUCAGCUGGUCGAUCAACGGGGCUGCAUCACGAGGCCCAAGCUCAUGUCGCGCUUCACCAAGAUCAAGAACUUCGGGGCCAGCGCCUCGGUCCUGUCCUACGCCCACUUCCAGGCCUUCAAGUUCCCCGACUCGAUGGAGGUGCACUUCCAGUGCACGAUACAGAUCUGCCGCUACCACUGCCCGGACCAGUGCUCGGACUCGGCGGGCGGCUCGCAGCACGACUCGCUGCUCCUCGAGCAGCACCACAGGGCCUCGAUCGGCCACACGGACGUUCACGCCUACGGAAUACCACCGCCGCCGCUGCCCAUCGACGCUUACCUCCAGUCGGUAGGCACCAUAGGCCGGCCCAGAGACGAGCGUCGACGCAAGAGCCGUUCGGUCCUGACGACCGUCGCGACGCCCAAUCCGGAGAAGACCGUCGGCGUCAAUCGCGUCAUCCGAGUCGUCUCGACGGGCGACCUCACCUUCUCGAUCGACGAGUCGAGCCACGGAAACGACUCGAACGUCAGCAGUAGCAGCGCCAACGGCGCCGGCGGCACCACGACCAUGGUGUUCCCGAUCCGGGAGGCGACGCAUCCGGCCAAUCUCAUCUGCAUGACGACCUCGAGCUUCGUCCUGGCGCUGCUCCUGCUGCUGGGUAUCCUGCUGGCCUCGUGCUGCGUCUCGGCCUACCUCUGCCUGCGGCUCAGGCCCUUCCGGAAGCGCCUCGACGCCGAGGUCGUGGCCUUUCGGGCCUUUCCGUUGGGUGGGGUUUCAAAAACUCCUACAUUAUGCAGUGGAAUUGAAGAAGUUUCGGAAGAAUAUUUACACUUGGAUAUAUCGAUGCUUGCAAUUAUGACUUAUGAAUCUUAA